UCGAUCGCGACAAUAUGGCUCCAUUCCGGAAGCCGAGGUGAAUUGUUCUUAUCUCAACUUAUUUUGGGACAAGUGUUUAAGCUCAUAUGAAGAGAUUUCUCUCUUUUGUCUUGAUAAAAUGUUAGGAGCGAGAAGGAGGCGUAGUGUUCAGCACAUCCCCGGACGAAGUCAUUGAACCAUCCAACCAUCAUAAUCUAGCUAUUGAUAUGCAGCAGCAGCAGCAACAACCCUUUUACGGAACAUCCUCCGACACGUCUGCAGACGAAUCCAGCAGACCCGCAUCCGAACUUGAAGAGGACGUAUGUUUCCCCAACGACAAAAAAGACGACGAAGAAGACGUCAACUACAAGGAGCUCGAUGACUAUGUUCGGGAUCAACGGAGCAGUAAUCAGCACUUGGAAGCACCACCAGCGCCUCCUCGGCAAAGGCGUCGAUCAUCCUCUGCUGCUGCUGCCAAUUUUCGGCGAUAUAGUUUAUACGGCGACAGAAAUCGGCAUCCACAAUUCGAAAAGCAAGACCAAGCAGCAGACGGUCGUGUCACCUUGUUUUCAGUGGCCGAGCCACAAUCGAUCCAUGUGCGAUCCCUUGACGAGAUACCACUCGCUGCACAGCAAGUUGAAGGGGUUGGAACCGAUACCAGCAGUCAGUUGAGCGAUUUGUUAAAAAGGGGCUGCUUUUGGCUGGAUAUACUCAGUCCCACAGACGCCGAGAUGAAAGUGCUCAGCAAAACGUUCCAUAUUCAUCCGUUGACAGUCGAGGAUAUCAGCAUGGAGGAGCAACGCGAAAAGUGCGAAAUCUACAAGAAUUACUAUUUCAUAUGUUUUCGCAGUUUUGAGCAGAAUCAAUCCUCCGUCAAUUAUUUGCAACCAUUGGCGCUGUACAUUAUUGUGUUAAAAGAGGGCGUGCUUUCGUUUCAUUUUCGACACACGCCGCAUCCGCACAACGUGCGCAAGCGCAUCAAACAAUUGAGGGAUUAUAUUAGCGUGUCACCGGAUUGGAUAUGUUAUGGUCUGCUCGACGAUAUCACUGACUCAUUUGCACCCAUGAUCCGAUCCAUUGAAUUCGAAGUGGAUUCCAUCGACGAGCUGGUGCUUAUCCUGAAAGAAUCUGAACAAUCUGACAUGCUGCGACGGAUUGGAUACUGCCGCAAAAAAAUGAUGAGCAUGAUGCGCUUAUUAUCGGGCAAAGUAGACGUGGUGAAGACAUUAGUGAAACGUGGCGAUAUACAACAGCAACAACAGCAGCAGCAUCAUCAAUACCAGCAUCCGAAUAACAAAAACGAAGAGAUCAACAUUAAUGCCUUCCAGCCUGUUUUGAGCAGCGAAGUAUCCCUGUACUUGGGGGAUGUACAAGACCAUAUCAUCACCAUGUUACAAUCCUUGACCCACUAUGAAAAGAUCUCGUCACGGUCGCAUUCGAAUUACUUGGCCCAGAUAUCCAUUGAAAUGACCCAAACGAAUAACGAAAUGAACGAUGUAUUAUCUAAAUUAACGGCACUCGGUAGCAUCUUAGUCCCUAUGAAUCUGGUGACGGGUCUCUGGGGCAUGAACGUAUUGGUGCCGGGCCAGGACAGGCACGAUCUGACUUGGUUCAUGUCGAUAUUGUUUGCAAUUGCUGUAUUUUGUGUAGCAUCCACUCUCUUGAUGCGGUACUACAGACUUGUAUGAAUAAAUCUGUAUGUGGAUAUAUAUAUAUAUAUAUACUGACAGCAGUAGUGUGAAUAGUUGAUGUGUGUACAUGGUGCGUAAGUAGCACGUGCGAGGAAUUAGUAAUGGAUGUGUGUAGAUGAAGGUGAUGUUUAUGAGUGUGUACAAGUUUUUAAUGUAUUUACAUAUUUUUUUAACAUUUUUAGGACAAAAACUAAGUUGCUUUUCACAUCAUAUAUAUGGGGGUGAGAUGGUUAAGAGGAGAGAAGAAAGGGUAAAUUUUGGUAUGCUACUAGAGCUUUACAGCUAUAAGAAGUCUUACUAGAUAAUUUCAAUUUCCUUAGUUGGCGUUGCCGUUGACUUCGUCAUCGAACUUUUCGAAUUGAGGGUUGGCAAUAGGAAGCUGGGGAAGCUUGCCACCUUCACGGAUACCGUACAAGCGCAAACGCUUGGCACCACCAUCUAUGAAAUA